AUGCCCUCUGAGUCAGAACGUCAAACUUUUCUCAUUCCUGUUAAUCUUGGCACACCUGCUCAAUAUGAUCCAUCUAUCUUCCCUGUCAUGAGAGUGAAGGAUACAAGCACUCUUGGCCAGAUCAGUAUUGUCCUUGAAGCUAUGCUGGAUGAAGUACUCAAGAUACACCAGAUGGCUACCGAUAAGAAAAAGAUCCAAGACCUACUUGCCGAGACGAAGGCCUCAUAUGACACCCUGGUUUUAAAAAGGGAGGAACUGCAGAGGCAGAAGAAAUCAUUCAACCCAGUGAAAUUAUUCUUGGCAUAUUGUUCAACUCGGUUGCUUUCUGAAGCAGUGAAGGAGUUGUACACGGCUACUAGGACUACAUCGGAGAAGAUAAGAAGACAACUACUCUCUGUUGUGUCAACAGACGUUGAGAAUGUACAGUGUCUGCAACUUCUUGCUUGUUCUACUGGAUCGCCCGAAGUUAAUGUUUAUACAGAUGAUGACUUACCAUCUGAUGCUCAUAUUAGUGGAAUCACUGUUCCACUGGAGUCACCAUUGGAUCAAUCCACAGCUUCGUUUUUCAUCGACACUGUGAAUUUCAUUGCAUCCCAAGGGGACCUAUUUCCUGGUGGAAAUCCCUUUACUGAUGAUCAUGAAGUAUAA